UCAUUCAUUCAAUGAAUUAAAAAGUAAAAAGGGCACGUCGUAGUGUGUGGCUCCCUUUAACAGUCACGUGACGGUAGUGUUUUAUUCGAAAUCGAAAUGGCCGCUGCGUGAAUGUGCGCAUAUAUUCUGUUGUGUGAGGAAAAGUGGUACCCAUAAUAAAUAAUUUACAUCAAAAUCUGUAAUAAAUGUGUGAUAAUAUUAAUUAAAUUGUCAGUGCAUCGUUGGCGUUUUACCAAAAGCUUCAACACAUAACCAUGUCUCUUUGGGCUAAGGCUCAGCAGUUACCUGCUGAAAGUUUACAGCAAAUAAGAGCAAUAUAUGGUGACCAUUUUCCGAUAGAAGUAAGACAUUAUCUUGCUCAAUAUAUCGAAGAAAAAUUCUGCACGGAAAUAGAACUUGUACCAGACAAUCUACAGCAUGAACAGUACGUUGCUGGACUUGUGAACAAUUUGAUUACUGAAAUCGAAAAUAAGGCAGCAGUAGUCACUGACGCUGAAUAUUUCCUGACAAAGCUGAAACUUGCAGAAGCCGCUAAAAUGUUUCGACAGAGAUACAGUAGCAAUCCUAUGCAACUUUUCACAUACGUGCGUCAAUGCCUGGCAACAGAAAUGCGACUAGUGCAGGCAGCUGGUGGCGAGACUUUCUCGGGUCUACCGAUCAUCUCCAGCACCAGUGCAGAAGUUUUACACAAAAUCGAUAUUUUGAGGGGAAGAACACAGAAUACUGCCGAAGACUUACGAAGGAUGGAGCAAGAGCAAGAAGCCUUCGCUUUACAGUACCACGAUUGUACAAAAAUAAAUGCUCAUUUGCAGCAAAUAUCCGGUCAGCCGAGCAACCCACAAUCGGUGGCAGCGAUACAGAAACUUCAGAGUCAGAAGGAGAUCUUAGAGAAGGCUUUAAAUCAGAAAGUAGCAGGAUUGAUGCAGUCGAGAUUGGGUGUAGGAGAGAAGCUGAAAGAGACCUUUCAGUUAUUGACACAACUGCAGGCGCACGUUUUAGAUGAGGAAUUAAUACGAUGGAAACGCGAGCAGCAAUUAGCUGGAAACGGAGCCAAUUUUAACAGUAAUUUGGACACGAUACAAGAAUGGUGUGAAAGUUUGGCAGAACUUAUUUGGCUAAACCGACAGCAAAUCAAGGAAGUCGAACGAUUGAAGCAAAAACUUGCUUUGGACCCUCCCGGAGUUACAGACGUUCUUCCGCAACUCCUCGCCGAAAUAACCCAGCUUUUGUCUACGCUCGUCACAUCGACCUUCAUUAUUGAAAAGCAACCUCCUCAGGUUAUGAAAACAAAUACUAGAUUCACAGCUACGGUACGAUUAUUAGUGGGCGGAAAACUUAACGUGCACAUGACACCGCCCCAAGUCAAGGUAACGAUAAUAUCCGAAUCUCAGGCCAACAUGCUACUUAAGAACGACAAGCUUGGGAAGAGCGGCGAAUGCUCCGGCGAAAUUUUGAACAAUUCCGGCACGAUGGAAUACCAACAGGCGACAAGACAGUUGUCCGUCAGUUUUAGGAACAUGCAGUUGAAGAAAAUCAAACGUGCAGAGAAAAAGGGAACCGAGAGCGUCAUGGAUGAGAAAUUCUCUCUGUUGUUCCAGUCUCAGUUUAGCGUUGGCGGCGGAGAGUUGAUGUUCCAAGUGUGGACUCUGAGUUUGCCCGUCGUGGUUAUCGUUCACGGCAAUCAGGAGCCUCACGCAUGGGCCACGGUGACCUGGGACAAUGCUUUUAGUGAACCGGGACGUGUACCAUUUGCAGUACCUGAUAAAGUACCUUGGGCGAAAGUGGCAGAGACUCUCUCCUUGAAAUUCAGGGCGGCGACUGGUAGGCCAUUAACGGACGACAAUUUAAAAUUCUUGGCUGAGAAGGCCUUCCGGAGUAAUUUCAACGAUACCACUAACGCCCUGCUGAGCUGGGCCCAAUUCUGCAAAGAGCCGCUAAGUGAGAGGAAUUUCACGUUCUGGGAAUGGUUUUACGCGAUUAUGAAGUUGACCAGGGAGCACUUGAGAGGGCCAUGGGUUGACGGUGCAAUAAUGGGAUUUGUGAGGAAAAAGCAGGCGGAAGAGUUACUGUCUGCGUGUACCUGUGGCACAUUUUUGCUUAGAUUUUCAGACAGUGAGUUGGGCGGUAUUACAAUCGCCUGGAUAUCGGAAAGUGGUGAAGUGUUCAGUCUGCAACCGUUUACGGCUAAAGAUUUCGCAAUUAGAUCACUUGCGGAUCGUAUAUCGGAUUUGAGCCAUCUUGUAUAUUUGUACCCAGAUAUAUCCAAAGAUCUCCCGUUCGGAAAAUAUUACACACCAUAUCAAGAUAACCCGCCCACGUCCAACAACGGUUACGUGAAACCCCAACUGAUGAUUCACGUUCCAGGAUUCACGGGACACAGUUUCCCCAACACGCCGCAACACCCGUAUUCCUCGCCGGACCCUCAACGGGACACACCGUCUGUGGCUAGCAGUUUUCAGAACAUGCUCGAUCUAUAAGAGAAACUAAAUGGACCAGUUUAACGUUGA